AAAGAUUAAAUGACCCAUUUUAAUUUUGUGUAUGCAAUAAUAAAAAACUAGUAUUAAUAUUAAUUAUGUCAUAAAAAUGUGGAAUGCAGAAGCAGAACCCUACAUAGACAAGACAGCCUGUGGAACACCAAAUCAUGCAUCAUAUCCUGCUCGCAUGCUUUAUUAAACUUUUACUAGAUUUUGACCCGCGCUUAAAAAGCGCAGAUUUGUUUUCGAAAUUAAAUUUGUUUUUGAAAUUAAAUAAUGUUUUUAAAUGAAUUUCUAUAUAAUAUAGUGUAUAGGUUUGACGCGAAUCGAACCGUACUAAACUAAAAAAACCGAAAGCAAAAGUGAACUGAAUUUCAUAAAUAACAUAACAUAUCAUAUAUCUUUAAAACCGGAAAAUUGAAACCGGACAGGGAAUCAAAUGGACACCUGAAUUUUAAAAAUAAAAUUAUAUGCUUACGAUUAUUAAUAAAAUUAAAUUUAUGAUUGCUAAAAUAGAUGUGAGAAUAAUAUUAAUUUUAUUAAUAGGUCUAAGCGAAUUUAAUAUUGUUGUGCAUGUGUCAUUUAUAAAGGAUAUCUGGAAUGCAUAACAUUAUUCUGCAUGUAUAAUAUUAACUUUAUUAAUAGGCUUAAAAGAAUUUAAUAUUAUUAUGCGUGUGUCGUUACAAUAUAAUUCUUUAAUUUUAAAUAAUUAAUAACUCUAUAUGCAAUUAUUCAUGAAUUAUAAAAUAAAUCGCUAUUUUGAAUAUCCAUAAAAAGGCAUUUAUUGUUCUUGAUAGAAUGCAAUAAUAUGUUUUUAAUCAAAGAAGUUCAUUAUAUUAUUAAUGUAAUAAAAACGUAUUUUUAAAUUAAUAAAUCGCAUGCAACAUAUUUUAAAAAGGAUUAUGUGUGAUAUACUCAUUUAAAUACCUUGCAAUGCGGGAAUAUAUUGGUGAGGAGGUUACAGAAGUUGAAAAUAUAUUAUUUAUAGAUUUUGUUAACAAAGAGUUAAGAAGAAUAUAAUAUGUGUUAGAAUUAAGAAGGGAUAUGUAUAAGAGAAUAUGUCUAUUACAUUGCAAUAUAUACUGUUGCAGUAGUGUUUUUAAAUUAAAGAUAAAAACAUAUGUGGUUGUUAUAGUGGUUAACUCACAGUAAAAAUUGGAUAAAUAUACGUAAUAAUAUUAUUGAGUAAUGUAGUGUUACAAAUAUAUACGAUAAAAUCAAAAUAAAAAUUAAAUCUAAUGAAAGGGUCCAACAACCUUGCAUAAGUAGAUUUUUCAGAAUGUUUCUCUUUUAAUAGUAUAGAUGGAACUAUACAAAUAAGUGGAAAAACUGAGAAAUACUAAUCUAUAAACAUUUUUAAGUAAGUGUUGCUAAAAAAAAUUUUUUUUUUAAGUAAAACAAAAAUUAAUACCAAAUAUAGGAGAAAGAGUUAAGGAUAACAAGAAGGCUCCACAAACAACAAAACCAUGGCAACAUGUAAGCAAAAAAAAAACAUUUUUCCCAGCAAAAGUGUAGAGAAAAACACACUCAUACCAAAAUUUCUUUUUUCUUAUCAUCUUUCCUCUUUUCCCAAAAAUUUCCAAAUAUCAACAACAGAAGAAACAUCUCAUGAUAUGGUGAUGAAGAUCAUUACAUUCAGUUUCUUAAUUUGCUUAUUCUCUAAACUCCAAGGUCACUGCAAAUCAGAUAUCAACCUUGGUUUUACUCUGCCACUCUCUGCUCCUAUAGAAUACACUCCGGGAUUUAUUGGCAAAGCUUAUAUAAUGGAGACAGAAACAUCAUCAAGAAGAGAACCCAGUUUCAAAGCCGCAUUAACGAUGGAAUCAAGCGAAUAUAAGGGACGAUAUUUGUGUUCUAUCCAAGUUUUCUUUGGAGAUGUAAGAGUUUGGAGUUCAGGGCAUUACACAAAGAUGUAUGUUUCUAACAAAUGCAUCUUCGAGCUCACAGAAGAUGGAGACAUGAGGUUAAAGAGAAGCAAUAAGCGCGUUGGAUGGCGGAGUGGAACCUCAGGACAAGGCAUUGAGAGGUUGGAGAUACAAAGCACGGGGAAUCUAGUGUUGCUUGAUGCUAUGAAUAUGAUCAAGUGGCAGAGUUUCAACUUCCCAACAGAUGUGAUGUUGAGUGGCCAGAGACUAGACGUGGCUAUGCAACUAACUUCAUUCCCAAAAGACUCGACUAUGUUCUACUCUUUUGAAGUUCUACGUGACAAGAUUGCUCUCUUCCUCAACUUAGACGAGCUCAAGUACUCUUACUGGGAGUACAAACCUAUAGAGAACAAAACAGUCAACUUCUUGAGAUUAGGGCCAAAGGGUCUUGACAUAUUUGAUGAUAACAGCCAUAGAAUAGGGAGAAUAGAGCAACCUUUGACCAGGUUCUUGGCUAUCGGGAACAUAACCGGUAAUCUUGGCCUUUACUCGUAUAAACCGGACAAGGGAAAGUUCGAGGCAACGUUUCGAGCUGUGAGCAACACGUGUGAUCUUCCUGUAGCGUGUAAACCGUAUGGAAUCUGCACAUCUUCCAAGUCUUGUUCUUGCAUUAAAGUUAUGAGCAAUGGAGACUGCAACAGCAACGAGGAGGAAUGGCUUUCGAUGAAGAGGCUAUGCGAUCACGAGAUGGUUGAGCUAGAAGGAGUCACGACGGUGCUGAGAAACGGUACUGAGGCGAGGAACGUGAGCAAAGAAAGAUGUGAGGAGUUGUGUAAGAAAGACUGUGAGUGCAGAGGGGCGAGUUACUCUGUCUCUGAAGAGAGUUGUGUGAUGUAUGGGGUUGUGAUGGGUGUUAAGGAGAUUGAGAGAGAGAGUGGGUUGAGUUAUAUGGUGAAGAUACCUAAAGGAGUGAGGUUGAGUGAUGAGAAGUCUAAUGUGAGAAAAUGGGUUGUGGGGUUAGUUGGAGGGAUUGAUGCUCUGGUCAUAUUGCUGCUUCUGUCUGGUUUUGGUUUUUAUUACAUUAGGAAGCGACGGAAGAGCUUAUCACAGCCACAGCCACAGCUUCAGGAAGAGCCCAUUGCAGAAUAGAUUUUCAGAGUUGUGUUGCACAUGCAAACUUUGAUACCAUUUUAUAGGUUGACAUAUAAAAAAAAAGUUGUAAUGUAUUGAGAUCAAAUUGUAGAAAAUUUUAUUUUUUGAAGUUUAUAUUCCAUAAAAAAAAUGAGUUAUAUGGUGAAGAAAGUGAAAAUGAAAGCAGAGGAAAUGGUAGUGGUCAGAAGAUAGGAGGAGGUCAUCAGUAUACACUGGUUCUUGAAAAGACUAACAAUGGAAGAGAUAGAAGUGCUGAAGGGAAGAAAAAUGGUGUGAAAAACCACAAAAAUUAAACUCAAGAAACUAGAAAUUAGAGAGGAAACAAAACAUCUU